AGCGGCACACUCCAGAGCACGUUUUUGUGAUCUGAUGCGAAUGAAGUUUUGUUAUUUGGAAUGAUUUGACUUGAUUUUUGGCCUGAAUUUGUGAUUUUAGUGGGUUCUCUCUUACUUUUAGUCGUCAGUUAUAGAAGUCGCCUGUAAGGCCGUUGAUAAAGUGUGCCAUCUAGAAUGAAAAUCAUGAAAAGACCAAAUAUUCUACUGACAGGAACUCCUGGAGUUGGUAAAACUACCUUGGGGAAGGAGCUAGCCCAGAGAACAGGGUUAACAUACAUCAAUGUAGGUGACCUGGCUCAAGAAGGACAGCUGUUUGAUGGAUUUGAUGACGAAUACCAGUGUCCAGUGUUAGACGAGGACCGAGUGGUGGAUGAAUUAGAAGAUAAGAUGGGAGAAGGAGGUGUUAUAGUGGAUUACCAUGGCUGCGACUUUUUCCCUGAGCGAUGGUUCGACAUUGUUUUUGUUCUUCGCACAGACAACACAAGUUUGUAUAACCGACUGGAAGGCAGGGGAUACACGGGAAAGAAACUUCAGGACAAUGUCCAAUGUGAGAUCUUCCAGACCAUCUACGAGGAGGCCAUGGAAGCCUACAAGCCAGAGAUUGUUCACCAGUUGCCUAGCAAUGAGCCAGAGGACCUGGAGAGGAACCUGGAUCAAAUUUCACAGUGGAUAGAACAGUGGAUAAAGGACAAUAACUAAACAGAUCUCUGACCCCAGCUGUUCGGACUGUAUUUGGCAGAUGCCGCAAUACUUCUCCAUCCACACAGCUGUUUAAAUGCACGAGUGCAGAGAGGCUUUAUCUGUUACACUGCACUUGGUAGAAGUAUCACAAGGUGUCUGAGGCUUGAGUGGCCGACAGAAAUUACAGUUUUAUUUUUAUAGUGUACACAGCACCUUACACACGUAGGAUGUUUGUGUGAGGUUUUUGUAAGAAACGUGGUGAUUGUUUGGAUAAGUAAAAGAUUGAACAAGACUAUUGUAAUUUGGCACUUAUAUUCCAGUUAAGGUUUUAAGUUUGAAAGUAGUUUCCAAGACAAUAAUCUGACUUAACUGUCCCGAUCUUCAUGACAAAUAGAAGGAAUAGGAGUUUUGACUCAAGUUUGUUCACUCAGGCCUUAUAUAGCCUUAGUGUGUUAGAACAAAUGUUUAAUGCAUAGUCUAUUAUUGUACAAAACUGUAUUGCUAAAGGCAGAACUCUACAAUUUAAUACAAUGAUGAUGCCCAUGUCUACUGGUCCUGCAGUUUAUAUGAAAAUCAAGAUAUGCAGUUGUUCGGCCUGAAUGGUUGGUUAGAUGGAUGUCAUCAGUAGGCCUAUCAGUAAUGAAAUGAACAGACAGUCUAUUGGCUCUGAGUAGACUACAAAUAAAAACGAAUGCUGAAUAAGUU